GUGAAAGCCUGCUGAGGCAUACCCGCUGAUAUUAUGCGCGUACUUCAGCCCAUGGCUGUUUUGACAAGACAUGAUCGAAAUAACGUUCCUCUACUAAUCUCGUUUGUAGAGCAGAACUGGAUCCGGAUGAGGUGAUAAGGUGUACCGAAGGAUGGAAACGAUGGUGUUGAGAAGGUGCAGGAAAACUUUGAUCCUUUUCCUUGCGUUUGCGUGGUUCUACGUGAUAGUGUUGAUUGGCGACCAUUACUUUGUCUUAUCCAAACUGGGCCUUCUGAGACCGCCAGGUAGCCGGUCCCGACUCUGUAUGAAUUCAGAAGGAAGACUUGGGAAUCACUUAUUUAAAUUCGCCUCCAUGUUUGGGAUCGCGAGGUCCAAGGGACUGGUACCUUUGCUACAGAGGGAUAGUUUAUUGGUGCGGGUUUUUGAGUUGAACGGAAUAAUUAAAGUGGACAACAGGUUGUGCGAGUCAUUUGUUAAACACCGUGAUAUCCGCGACUCUGCUUACGAUAGUGCCUCUGUGGAUUUUAGCAAUGCUACGGACAUUGCUUUGCAGGGAUACUUCCAAUCCUGGAAGUACUUCAAGGCCAGCGAAAACGAACUUCGGCGAAAGCUACGAAUCAAGUCGAAUUUAGUUGCGAAUGCCAGCGAAAAGUUAGAAAGGUCGAUAAAAGAGCAGCUGGGGAGCGUUUCUUUGGGUGAAAAAACUUUCGUUGGCAUUCAUGUCCGCAGAGGAGAUUACCUAGCUAGCAAAACGGUCGAGUACGGAUAUGUGGUCGCUACGAGAGAAUACCUUCAACGAGCCACCGACUUCUUCAGAUCGCGGUUUAACCGUGUAAUAUUCGUGGUGUGUUCAGAGGACUUGGGCUGGUGCAAGAAAAACGUCAGGGGUGGCGAUGUGGUGUUCAUCGAGGGUCAGUCAGCAGAGCUGGACUUCACCACGCUAACUUUGUGCAAUCACACCAUAAUGACCGUUGGUUCCUUUGGGUGGUGGUCAGCUUGGCUGACCAAUGGUAUAACGUUGUACUACAAGCAUCAGUUCCGACAAGGCAGCGAUUUGUCAAAGGUGUACAAUUUGUCGACCUAUUUUCCACCUGAGUGGAUUGCAAUGGAGUGAUAUGUGAAAUGUAGCCCCUAAAAACACCGUGGAGCUCAGUUGGAGUUUUCAGUAAAUGAUAUCAUAAUCUAAACAAAAAUGCGUAAGCGGCAAGUGUGUAAAGUAGAUGAAUGAUCAAAGUAUGACUUAGCCCUUAAGAUUUCCCCCUACUGGGAACUGAAUAUGCUAUGUGUACAGUGGAGUUUUAUUUUUAAUAUGUAAUAAAAAUGUUUACACACCCAAGCGAGGUAUGACAAAAAAAGUAUGACAAAGAUCGGACUCCGGUAGUACUAGUCAUGCAAGGCGAAACCACACUUGUGUAGAGAUUUGCAGGCUGUUGGAUUAGCGUCUAAUCAUUUGCAAGACAUUUAUGUUGAGAGCGGGAUGAACAUGAACUGGAUACGGACACCGACACUGUUACAUUUCUAUAUCAACACAUUCCUGCAUCGUCGCUUGGUAACGGUCAAUUAAAAGUGACCGUCGUUAUUUGUGAACUUUUUGAAGCUAUGGAAUUUGUGGAUUAUUUUACAGAGUGCAAUAUUCAUCCAUGAGUCUCUGUCCACUUAAUACUGUACAUAUAUUUUAAUGAGGCUCCCUUCAUGAGUGCAUUAUGUCCAACAAGCAGUGUCAUGAGCUGCGCAUGCGAUCUCUUGCUCUAUGUCGGCUAUGUAGAUCUAUGCUUUGUAAAGUUGACAUUUGAGUCCAAUCUACAACUGCAGUUGUUUGCGUGUGCUGUUUCAGGUUUGGUGGAUACAGAAGUGAUAAUGCUUGGGUCCCUUCUGGGGUUACUGUGGUAACUAGAUUGACAGUAUCUGUCCUGUAUCUAUUUAUCCUGAAAACUGCAGUUUUCAAGUUAAACCAAAGACCUUGUAAAGUUACUAAAUUUGCAUAUACCUGACAAUUUCCUAUAAAUAGGAUGACCAUCAUAAAGUGUUCUGAUUGGCUUCUCAUUAUGUAGCGGAAAGGAAAAAAAGAUAUUGAUAUAUUGACGUCUAAGAGCAAACCGUUUCCUUGUGGGUGAACCAGCCUAAGGUGUCCUCAAAAUACAGGUUACACAGGUGUCUUUAGUGGUAUGAUCUGUGAAGCUGCUGUUGCCAGAUACCAGUGAAAUACAGCAUUGAGAAAUGUAUGUCUGGUGUAUUUAGAGCGUACUUUACGCGAGAGUUCAUAUCGACUGAAGUACACGUAAAUAUCAUACACGGGUUUGUUGUGCAGUUUUCGACUUUACGGCACAAUUGAUGCUAUUGUAUAUUUUUGUAUUUGGCAUACUCAGCUCACCUAUAUGUUCAGCACAUUGUUUAUUGAUAAUGUGUAUGGAUAAUAUGUCCUCCUUGUGAUAUUAAUGAUG